GUCGGACUGGUUAGUGGUUACCGUCCUAUACCGACAGUCUUGUUCUUGGAAGAUCGCGUCGCGCGCGUUCACUCGUUUUGGUAUUUUAUAACUCCGUUUCGUGGUUGUUUCGUCGGAAAACGGUUUUACGGUUUUGAUUUCGCAGGCUUAAGCGUUUGUUUUUUGUUUGUGGCUAUUAUUUUUUAUUUUUUUUUCAUCCGAUACCCACGCAAAUCUCCUCACACACCUGUUCCAAUAUUAUCUGCAAACACGCGUCUAUUGGAUAUCUGCAGACUUCGGCAAAAAUAAAAAAAGGUUUCGCGGGAGCCAUGUUGGAAACCGUAGCAGAGAAGAAAAUCCCGCCACCACUGCCGCCUAAGACCCGCCGCGGCUGUCUGAAAAACGGCGGCGUCGAAGGCAACUGUGGCGGCGGCGCGACCAUCCUGCAGUCCAACGGUCACGUGGUGAAAAUCCGAAUAGAUCCGAUGAUGGUCGACGGAGGCGGCGGUGCCGGUGACCGCGUCGAACGGGAUGACGGGCCGCGCCGUGAGCACGCGGUGGGCCGCCGGUCCAGUACAGUCAAGAUAAACAUCACUUGCGUGGACCCGUUCGUGUUCCGCCGGCACUACACCGACGUGGAUGACGACGACGACGAGGACGACGACGAGGACAGGCGCUCGUCGUCGGGACACCGGUCGCCUCUGGACAGCGGCACGGGUAGCGACCUGGACACGGGCAGCCGCCGGGACGAGAGCGACGACGGGACGUGCAGUUGCGAUUCGCUGACGAGCAGCACUGCGGAUCCCGAGACGGCUGUGAUGGCCGUCGAUCUGGCGCCGGGACGGGUGGUUGUGGCCGCCGACGCCGAUGCCGUCGAGCCGGUCGCGUCCGAUCCAUUGGCUGUCGAACCACCGGCGCCGGCGCUGCAGGCCUGUACGGCGGCCGGGGUCGUGGCCACGGCCACCGUCGCGACGGUCGUCGAAGAACUGCCAAAACGUUCGACGCCGCAGGCCGUCCGCGUCCAACAGCGGUGCUACAACGACACUUCCACGGCCGCGGUGGUCGCAACCGACCGCGUCAUUGACAUGGACAACACGGACCAGUAUUACAGCUUUCACAUGAACGAGAACGUGUUCGACGAAGUAGACGCGGCAGCCGUGGCCACCGCCGCAUCGCCGUCGGACGACACGUUCGCGGGGUGCAAAACGGUGGCCACCUCGGACACGAUACGCAGCGCCAAGGGUACCAUCAGGGGCGUCAAGAACCGCGUCAGGGCCGGAAUAGCGACGUUCUUGCAGCCCAAGACCAACAAGACGUGGCAAGAAAAAGAGGCCGGAAAAGUGGUGUUGUAUACGACCACCAUGGGUAUAGUCAGGGACACGUACCAGCGGUGCCUCCAGGUCAGGCAAAUACUGAGGACUCAUCUGGUCAAGUACGUGGAAAGAGACGUCUUCAUGAGCCGGGAAGUGCAGAAGGAAAUCCGAGAACGUCUCGGCGGCGACUCCAUUUCAGUGCCACAACUAUUCGUCGAAGGGAAUCUCAUCGGAGAUGCAGAAGCCGUAGAAAGACUGAACGAAUCUGGGGAACUCCGAUCGAUUUUAAAACCAUUUAAGAGUCCAGACGCGUGUACGACGUGCCAAGUUUGCGGGGGCUACAGGCUGCUGCCUUGUCCGAUGUGCAACGGAAGCAAGAAAUCUGUGCACAGGAAUCACUUCACCACCGAAAUGAUCGCCCUCAAGUGUAUGAACUGCGACGAAGUUGGAUUAGUACAAUGUUACGCCUGUUGAACGACGACAACGCAUAAUAUUAUUAUAUUAUAUAGUAUUAUUAUUAUUAUUAUUAUUAUUAUUAUUAUUUUGUUUAAUUGAUGACGCAAUAUGUAUGGUUGUUAUAUAUUAUUACCGAUUAUGAUUUAUAUCGAAGGCUUACAUACUGUUAUUGUGUGCCUAUAAUAAUAUCAUAAUCGUUGUUGCAGUAGUAUCAAUUUACUAUAGUAUAAAAAGUAAGUAGUAAGUUGUAUGUAUGUAUAAUAUUACGGUAAAUAUGUAUAGGUACCUACCUGUAUAAUAGUAUAAUAUUAUAUUAUUAUGCUAUUAAUUAAUUGCUAUAUUGCUAUCUGUUAAUCUGUUAGUUAACACCACCGUUAGUAAUUAUUAUAUAUUAUUUUUUAAGAUUUUCAUUAUUUUUUUUUUAAAUAGAUUUUCAGAUGGCCGCCACAAAAACGCACACUUACCAAAUCUGUUUUUUUUUUUUACAACACAUACAUAUUAUUAUAGACAGUGUGUACCAACGAAACAAUAUAGGAAAAUUGUAAUAUAAUAAUAUUUAAUCACGACAUCAUACUGUAUAAUAUUAAUAUUUAGAGACCCAUUUUUUGCUGCGAACUUACCUACCCACAAACUAUAGCCGUUGUUUAUAUUUGUGACGUAAAUUCGUGAUACCCAUCUGUACGUAUCUAAUAAUUACAGGGAUCGAAACCGGUUUAACCGGUUUUCCAAAAAACCGUUUAAAACCGUGGUUUUCUCAUUUCUAAACACCAGAACUGGAACCGGAACCAAAAGCUUUAAAACACCGGUUAAAAAACCGUAACCGAAACCUAAGACUUUAAAAAAACCGUUUUCAAAACCUAAACCAAAACCAUAGAAUUUAAAAACCGUUCUUGUACCGUUUUUGAAACCAGCCCUUAUAAUAGUUAGGUAAUAGAUAGUAAAAAUCGAGCCUACAGUAAUGAGAUAGGAAAAUAAAAUGGACAUUUUUAAAAACCAUUCCAAAAACCAAAACCGAAAAUUUUCUAAUACCGUUCUUUAAACCGAUAAAAUAUUUGAAAAACCUUUUUUGAAACCGAAACCAAAACCAAACAAUUUUAAAAACCUAUCUUAAUACCUAAACCAAAACCAGAAAAUUUAGAAAACCGUUCUCAAGAACUAAAACCGUAGGUAACCGUUAAAAUUUGAAACGGUUUCGAUCCCUGAAUAAUUAAGCUGAUGAUUUUUAAGUGUAUAGUUUAUAAUAAUAUAUUAUCAGUACUUCUUUAAAAUCAAGUCGUGUAAGUGGUUUCUAUACAAUACUUUAUAUUAUGUAUAUGUAAGUAUACGAUAUUAUACCAAAUCGGCAUUUUUCUAAGACUUUAUUUUAUGUCCCUACCGAGUACACAUUUUAUAGCAGUAAUAUAUGUAUGCGGAGAUAAUAUACGCUAGAACAAAAUUGGAUACUCUAUAAAUGAUGCACAACAUAUAAUUAUAUUAAUUAUUUAUUACUUAGGUAUUAUAAAUAAUAAUUUAAAACAUGAUAUCUACUUAUUUUCGUAAUCAUCAUUAUAUUCGAUAUUAAAUCUGAUUUUUACAGUAGGUAUGUAUUUAAAUGUGUGUCCAAUUUUGUUUGAAAAUUCAAUGUUAUUCAAUUACAGGAUUUUCAUUUAAUUUCCUUACUUCAAUAUACAAGUGUUAUGAAUUUCACUAAUUGUUUUGGAAAACAUGUUUAUUGUUUUAUUUAUUAAGUUUUAAAUUUAUAUUAUACGCUAUGUUGUUGUUACACUAAAUACCAAAAUGCUCAAUAUUGUACUUUAUUUGUAUCGAAUAUAUUAUUAUAAUAAAUGUCCUAUUUAUAAGUAGAAUUCUAAACAGUUGUUAUAUUAUUUACUUAUGUAUAACUGAGGUAGAUUAAAUUGCAUCAAUUUUGUAACAA